UUACAAGUGCCUCAGUUUAUAGAUUGAUCAAAUUCUGUAUUCAUCAGUUUUGAUAAUGCAGAUUAUAAGCACAUGUAGGAGCACCUGCUUCUAUUUUGUUUAUUUGGAGAUUAUCCCUUAAUCAUGCAAGGUCCAGGUGUGCAUUUUCAGAUUUGUUGACUCAGGGAAGGUGGAGAUAGUAUUAAAGACCAGUCACAUUAUGCUGUAGUUACAUUAAUGUUGUUGCUCCUGUGAAGAAUUGAACCACUCAGUGAAGAGAAUGGCAAGAAGAAAUGUCCUCAUUACAGGUUGCUCCUCAGGAAUUGGGCUGGCAAUAGCUGUAAAAAUGGCAAAAGAUGAACAGAAAAGAUUUAAAGUGUUCGCCACAAUGCGGAACCUGGCCAAGAAGGAGCCACUGGAGGCAGCUGCAGGUCACAGGCUGGGCAAAACCCUCGAGAUUAAACAACUGGAUGUCUGUGAUGAACAGUCUAUUAAAACCUGUGUGAACAGCAUCCCUGACAGAAGGAUCGAUGUCCUGGUGAGCAAUGCUGGAAUGGGGCUCAUUGGGCCUAUUGAAUGUCAGAGCAUUGAGGAAAUGAAAACUGUGAUGGACACCAACUUCUUUGGCCUGGUUCGGCUCCUGAAGGAGAUCCUGCCUGACAUGAAGAGGAGAAAGAGUGGGCAUAUAGUUAUAAUAAGCAGUGUUAUGGGAAUACAAGGUAUCUUAUUUAAUGAUGUUUAUGCUGCAUCUAAGUUUGCUGUGGAAGGAUUCUGUGAAAGUUUAGCUAUACAAGCACUCAAAUUCAAACUGCAGUUAAGUUUGAUUGAACCAGGCCCAGUGGUUACAGAGUUUGAAAGAAAAGUUUUUGAAGAUGGAAUGAAAAUGGAUCUUUCAGCUGCAGAUGAAGAAACAGCUGAGAUGUUUACUAAUAUUUACCUUAAAAAUUACAAACAAAUUUUCCAGAGCCUGGGACAAAGUGCUGAAGAUGUUGCAGAGCACACAGUAAAGAUAAUUCUUGCAGAAAAUCCACCUUUUCGCCAUCAGACCAACACCUUGUAUACUCCAAUGACAACUUUGAAGUAUGCAGAUCCAAAUGGAGAUCUACCCAUUGACAUAUUCUACAAAAUGGUUUUCCAGCAUGACAAAAUCUUCAGUGCAAGUCUCAACUUCAUCAAAUUGCUAAGGUGGAGAAGCAGAAAGAGCUUUGACCUGGGAAAACCUUCGCAAUAAUUAUGAGAUUAUAUACUGCAAAUUCGAAUUACUUGUUGUAGCUACUGAUGACACAGUGUUAUUCAAAUGCCUUUGCUCUGUAAUUAUGAAAAGGCAUGCAAGAUAUUUGUUUGGCUUAGCUAAGAUAUUAAUUUCAAUCUGUAUCUCUUGAGUGUUACUGUUUACAUAA